AUGGCCUGGAAGUGCACAGGAGCGACGAAUGAAGCCUUAAUCAAGAACAUGGCAGGACAUGGGCUCAUCAACUCAGAACGCGUGCAGGCGGCGAUGAGCAAAGUAGACAGGGCGCACUACGUCCGUAGCAAAGCAAGCGCAUAUGAAGACUCUCCGCAAGUGAUUGGGCAUGGCGCGACAAUCUCUGCGCCCCACAUGCACGCCCAUGCACUUGAGAACCUCCUCCCCUUCCUCCAACCCGGCUCACGCGUUCUCGACGUCGGCUCUGGAUCUGGGUACCUUGCCGCCGUCUUGCACUACCUCGUCACUGACACCGACACGGGUGUAACUGGCACUGUCGUUGGCAUCGACCACAUCCCGGAGCUUGUGGAGUGGUCUGUCGACAAUCUGCGCCGUGACAAUCUUGGCGCCGAGGUGGACAGCGAGCUGAUCAAAAUGGUCGUGGGUGAUGGCAGAGCAGGCUAUCCCCCUUCAGCACCUUUCGACGCGAUCCAUGUAGGUGCCGCUGCACCCAUGGUGCCUGAGCUCCUCAUCAAUCAACUCAAAUCCCCUGGGCGUAUGUUCAUUCCUGUGGGGACAGGCAUGCAGCAAGUUAUCCAGGUUGAUAAAGACGCCGACGGGAACGUCACACAGAAGGAACUGUUCAACGUCGUAUAUGUGCCUCUGACCGACCGCGAUAAGCAGUUCUGA